CACCGAAGAGACUACCAAGGAUAGCAGUGUUGGUAUGGGGAGCACCGAAGACACUACCAAGGAUAGCAGUGUUGGUAUGGGGAGCACCGAAGAGACUACCAAGGAUAGCAGUGUUGGUAUGGGGAGCACCGAAGACACUACCAAGGAUAGCAGAGGUGUUAUGUUGAGCACUGUGGGGACUACCAAGGAAGGGGCUACUACAGUAUCCUGUUUCAAGGGCAACCUCAAGGCUCAUCUGUUAAUGGCCUUUAUAUUGGUUGGCGUGGUAGCUGGAUUUGGUCUUGGAUAUGGAAUACGAGCGCUGGAGCCUUCUGAUGACGCUCUGAUGUGGAUCGGCCUCCCUGGCGAGAUGUACAUGCGGAUGCUGCAGAUGAUGAUCCUGCCCCUAAUUAUAUGCAGCGUCAUCACAGGCACGGCAUCGGUCGACCCCAAGUGUAACGGACGUGUCAGUGUAGCAGCCCUCACCUACAUCAUGGUCACAAACACCUUCCCAUGUCUCCUCUAUGGCGCUUGCCUUCGCUAUAAAACCAGGCGAGGGGAUGAGCGCCACGAAGGGGAUGUUGUUGCUCAGACUGACCCCGAAAACAUCAUCGCCACACAAGACAUCUUUGCCGACCUGAUCAGGAACAUUGCACCAAGCAAUCUCAUCACAGCCUGCUUCCAGCAGGCUCAAACUAAAUAUGCGAUGAAAGAAGAAAUAACGAUUCGGAACGUGUCUGGCAUUCUGGAGAACAUUACAACCAUCACGAAAACCCGCGUCCCUGGAGCUAGCAACUCGCCCAAUGCACUCGGACUGGUGUUGUGCUGCAUGAUGUUCGGCAUCGCCAUCUCAGUCAUAGGGGAGGCAGCCAAACCAUUCUUCGUCUUCUUUGAGGCAGCUACCAUUGUCAUCUUUAAGAUUUUGAACUGGCUUAUAUGGUACACACCUAUUGGAGUCCUAAGUUUGAUAGCAGUUGCCAUAGCGCGGGCCGAUAACAUCCUGGACACGUUCCGAUCCCUUGGACUGUUCGCAUCCACGGUGGUCGUCGGUCUGCUUCUGUACCAGUUUAUUAUCCUGCCACUGGGGAUACUGGCCCUCACUAGACGGAACCCCUACAAGAUACAGAUGGAGUACAGCAGAGCCUGGAUGGUGACGUUCGCCGCGGCUUCAUCAGCGGUAGCUAUGCCUGAAGGUCUUCUCGCCCUUGCGAGGCUCCGCAUCGACAAGAGGGUGGCGCAGUUUGUCGUCCCCCUCGCCACCGCCACCAAUAGGGACGGCAGUACGAUGUUCAUGGCGGCGGCGUGCAUCUUCAUUUGUCAGAUAGAGGGCAUUGAAGUAGAUGGCAGCAAGAUCAUAACGAUAUGGAUUUUGACAGCGGCCCUAUCUUUGGCCAUUCCUGCCCUCCCCAGUUCCAGCAUCGUGUGUAUCAUCAUCAUUCUGUCGGCCCUCGGUAUACCUAUAGAACAGACUGGUCUGCUCUUUGCUAUGGACUGGUUCCUAGACCGCAUGCGUGGUGGUGUGAAUCAGAUCAGUAUCGGCUACUGUGCAGUUGUAGCAUACCACUUCUCUAAGUCCGUGCUGCCUAAAGAAGAAGACGAGGACCAGGAGGAGGACGACUUUGAGGUGUAGUCGACGGCAAAUGUAGUGUCGUUGGUGUGGGUGUCGGAAACGCAGUGACGUUGUUGUUA